UUAACACCAUCACUGUCCUUUUCCCCAACGAACCCGAUGCCAAGUAUGAUAUCGAAUACUACGUCUCGCAUUACAUGCCACUUAUUGAACGGCGGUGGAAGAGGUACGGCGUUCAGAGCUGGUCUUGUCUCUAUGCAUUCGGAAGUAUUGUUGCCUGGGAAAGCAAAGAAGGGUUCCAGAAAGCCUUUGGAAGUCCCGAAGUAGCCAAAAUUGUGAGCGACGUUCCCAAAUUCAGCAACAAGCGGGCAGUUUUCUUGUUUGGUUCGAAGAUUUAG